AUGCAGUACAUAAUUUGUCCAAGUAUAGCCCUCGAUACAAGUCUGAACACAUUUCUGGUCAAUCAUGUUCAUCUCAAAGAUACCAAAACCAUGUGCCGCGAAGGCGGAUGUGGAGCUUGUAUCGUUUCUGUCAAACGGAAGCAUCCAGUUAGUAACGAAAUUGUCACCAUGGCUGUAAACUCGUGCUUAGUAUUGGUUCAUUCUUGCCACAAUUGGGAGAUCACCACGGUUUCCGGAUUGGGAAAUCAAAAAUCUGGUUAUCAUACUCUUCAGUCCACUUUAGCAAACUUUUACGGUACCCAAUGUGGCUAUUGCAGUCCAGGAAUGAUCAUGAACAUGCAUAGUUUGAUAGAAGAAGAUACAAAUCUUACUAUGAAUGAGAUCGAAAAUUCCUUUGGCGGCAAUAUUUGUCGUUGUACAGGAUAUCGUCCAAUUUUGGAUGCAUUUAAAUCAUUGGCAAGUGAUGCAGAAUGGGCAGUAUUAGAUAAAAUACCAGAUAUAGAAGAUUUGGACAUUGAAAAUAAUUGCCCAAAAUUGUCUUCAAUUCGCCAAGACAUGUAUUCUUAUAAAAACGGUCAAAACCAUUUGAGAACCGAAAUUGAUGAUGUAGUUUGGUAUAAAGUGUUUUCAGUUAAAAGUAUUCUGAAUAUUAUGCAACGACACCAAGGUGCCCCUUUAAUGCUGGUUGCUGGAAAUACUGCUCAAGGUGCUUUUAGACCAAAAGUUAGACCUCAGGUUUAUAUUGAUGUGAACGAUGUUACCGAAUUAAGGAAAUGUUCGGUUGAUGAAUAUAUCGUUUUGGGUGGUAAUGUAACUUUAACUGAAACUAUGAAGUUUUUAAAAGAAGUAUCUGGCGUGGAAGGUUAUGAAUAUGUGGACAUCAUUGCUGAUCACAUAGACUUGAUAGCUAAUGUACCUGUAAGAAACGUAGGUACCAUCGCCGGCAAUUUAAUAAUAAAACAUAACCAUAGAGAAUUUCAAUCUGAUAUCUUUCUUCUCUUCGAAACAGUCGGUGCUUUCUUAAAAUUAGUUGGAACAAACAAUAUUGAAACUCGAGUGACUCUUUCAGAGUUUCUGUUGACUGAUAUGAGAAAUAAAAUUAUUGUUAGUGUUUCACUGCCACAGAUUUCUGGAAAUUUUGCUUUCAAGUCGUAUAAAAUUAUGCCCCGUGCCCAAAAUGCGCAUGCAUAUGUUAAUGCUGGAUUUCGAUUGCGAUUCAACAAUGAGACAGGGAAUGUAGAAAGAGCUUCUUUAGUUUAUGGUGGAAUUAAUCCAUCAUUCAUUCAUGCAACUAAAACUGAAAGCGCUCUUAGAAAUAUUAAUAUAUUUGAUAAUGCCAGUUUGAGAAAAGUAUUGAAUAUUUUGUAUUCAGAAAUACAGCCUGAUUGGAAGUUACCUGAUGCUUGUCCUGAGUAUAGAAGAUUAUUAGCCGUUUGUUUGUUUUAUAAAUUUGUUUUGAACACCUGUCCUAAAAAAUUAAUAUCUGCACAAAAUAUAACAGGAUCUGAAAUAUUAAAAAGGGGAUUAUCCAGCGGACAACAAAAAUAUGAGACAAAUAAAGAUUUAUGGCCACUGCAACAACCUAUUCCAAAAAUAGAAUCUUUGUAUCAGUGUGCUGGUGAAGCAGAAUAUAUACCAUAUAUAUCUCUUAAACCGAAAGAACUUUAUGCAUGUUUUGUUUUAGCCAAGAAACCUCUGGCAAUCAUUACUAAUAUUGAUCCCAAGGACGCUUUGCAUAUAGAUGGUGUAAGAGCUUUCUAUUCCGCAAAAGACAUUCCUGGUAAGAACAGCUUUGUGUCAAUGAAAAUGUUGUUAAUUUCCGAAGACGAAGAAUUAUUCUGUAGUGGCUUGGUGAAAUACUAUGGUCAGCCAGUUGGGAUUUUAGUUGCAGAAACUCAAACUCUUGCAGAACGAGCAGCUCAAUUGGUACAUAUACAAUAUUCGAAUAAUAACAAACCUUUCUAUGUUGAUGCAAGAGAUGUUUUGGAACAAGAAAAAAAAGCCCCGAGAGUGAAUUUUAUAGGCGGUUAUGAUGCAACAUCGAAAGGGAAUGACAUAGUUUACUCUAUUUCUGGUUCUCAAUAUUCAAUCGGGCAAUAUCACUACACCUUGGAAACCCAAUCUGCUGUCUGUAUUCCAACUGAAGAUGGCCUGGAUCUAUACCCAUCGAGCCAGAGUGCCGAUCACACCCAAAUAGUUGUUUCGCAAGUCUUAAAUAUACCAGAACAUAAAAUAAAUAUUAUUGUAAGGCGAUGUGGUGGCAGUUUUGGUUCUAGAUUAUCUAGAAAUCAUCUUGUUGCAUCAGCUUGCGCUUUAGCUGCCUAUUUGUUAAACUCUCCGGUAAAGAUAUUUAUGGGGAUGCAGGAUAAUAUGGAGGCUAUAGGAAAAAGAAAUUGGUAUUUGAAUAGUUAUGAGGUAACAGUUAAUAAAAUCGGUCAAAUCCAAUCUCUUAAAAAUGAUUUCUACGAAGACGUUGGGCACUCGCUAAAUGAAUCAACUUUUAUAUUUGUAAAUGAAAUGUUCCAAAACUGUUACGACAAUAGUCCAUUUACUUUUAAGCAUUAUGCAGUGAUUACUGAAAAGCCAUCAAGUACCUGGACAAGAGCACCCGGAGCUGUUGAAGCUGUAGCAGCUAUUGAAAAUAUUAUGGAACACAUAGCUCAUGUAACAGGAAUAGAUCCAUUAGAUGUCAGAAUUUCUAACAUGACCACUAUAAAUAAUUUGGCUUAUGAUAGAAUUAAAGCUUUUAGAGAAAAAGUCGAGUACGACAGAAGAAGAAAAGAAAUAGAUGAAUAUAAUAUAAAAAAUCGUUGGCGUAAACGUGGCAUUGCAAUAAUCCCUAUGCGUUUUCCGAUUAAUUAUUAUGGUCGUCACUCUGCAAUGGUUUGCAUUUUUCGUGAUGGAUCUGUUGCUGUCAGUCAUGCGGGUGUUGAAACUGGUCAAGGAAUUAAUACCAAGGUUGCUCAAGUAUGUGCUUAUACUUUAAAGUUGCCACUCGACCUGAUUUCAAUAAAGCCCAUGAGUACUAUGGAAUGCCCAAAUUCGAUGAUCACAGGUGGUAAUACUACGAGCGAAUCUUGCGCAUUCGCGGCAAUGAAAGCAUGCGAAACUAUACUUAAUCGUUUGAAGCCGAUACGAGAUUCACUUGGCGCUGAUACGAAAUGGGAAGAUCUAGUGGAAAAUGCUUAUCUGCAACAAAUUGAUUUACAAGCAAUUGGAUCACAUAAACCAGACGCCAUGAAGGUUUCUUAUGAAAUAUAUGGUUUAUCCGCUUGUGAAGUCGAAAUUGACCUAUUAUCAGGCAACGUAUUAUUGCAACGCGUAGAUAUUCAACAGGAGACUGGGGAAAGUUUGAGCCCUGAAGUGGAUAUAGGACAGAUUGAAGGAGCAUUUGUAAUGGGUCUGGGAUAUUGGCUUUCGGAAAAGAUAGUUUAUGAAAAAACAACUGGCGAAUUAUUAACAAAUAGAACUUGGAAUUAUAAACCACCAGGUGCUAAAGAUAUUCCGGUCGAUUUUCGCAUAGAAUUUAUCAAAAGUGAGAAUAAUGAUGCGAAGAUUUUAAGAUCUAAAGGCACUGGGGAACCAUCGAUUUGUAUGGCCUUUGUUGCAGUUUGUGCAAUUCGGCAUGCUUUGCAAUCUGCAAGAGCCGAUGCUAAUGGUGGCAAACGCGCUGAAUGGUUUUCUUUAGGAGCUCCAACAACGCCUGAAGAAAUUUUAUUAAAUGCAAAUGUUGACUAUCAAACAUUUACAAUUUGA